CCAAUCAAUCGAGAUUCGUGCCUCGAUGUUGCCAACUUAAAGCCCAAAAAAGGCAAAGUUGAUGAAAUACUCAACUAUUAUUUGGAGCAUUUACCUUGUAUAUUUAAUUCACUUGCUUCAAACAACAUACUGUUCCUGUUUACCAACGCUCGGUCCACGCACUACGAACCGGGGGAUACCGGACCCGCACUACAAGACAAGGAAGGCAAUCAAAAUGUGGACAUACCUUAUAAUAAGAAAACCGUCUUUUGCUUCGACAACGAGGCCUUUCGGUUCGCAGUGGCGUCGGCACCGCCUAAUAAUGUCAUUUUUCAAGACACCUUGAUAAGCGAUUACGAAACUAGUUGGUGCAGAUCAGUCAACGAAUGCCAUCGUUUAUUGGAUCAAAUUAAAUCACUUCAUCCCCAUAAGGUGAUGGACACCCUAUCCCUCAAUAACGCCAAACAGAAUAUACUUCUAUUGACUCAACCAUUGGCUGACAUCGCGACUAUUAUCGCCAGAAGUGUGAAGGAAUGUGAGGCACAUCAAAAGCGAAUCGAGGAGUUCAAGGGAAAUAUUGACGCCCUCCAGAAAGAGCUGUAUAUCCCAUCGAUGGAGAUCGAAACCGAACCAUUAGAACACCCAAUGACUGUGUACAGUGAUACAAAAUGUUGCAGUCAACAGAAUAUUAAUGGCACGAUUAAGAUGCAUUACAAAACCAAAUGUCACUCACCAUGCUACUUGAAAUAUAGUGACGGUAAUAUUGUGGGCAAUGCAGGUCUGCUAGAUUGUGUGGCGUUCAAUAAGUACGAAGGGACAAGUCCAUUCGAAUGGCGUGAUCCGAAUUCGGUCAAUAUUGUGCCCGAUCAAAAUAUUAAGUACAAUGACGAGGAUGAGUUGAAAAAGGAGAAUGAAACGAUUACAACAAGCAAGGCUAAAUUUGCGUGUUUUCUAAUUAACAACGCUCUAACCCCAUUCAACGACUCGUUCGUGAAAUACGUGGAAAUUUUAAUUAAAAAUGAAAAAAAUUCGGACACAAUCCAUAAGCUCGAGGAAUUGCUAAAGAGAUACAAAUAUGAAAAGGAACUCAUAUUAAGUGUCAAACAGGGAGGUGAAAAUGUUGCUAUUACGGUCGAUGGUAUCGACGAAAUGAUCAAGAAUCUUUGCGAGCUAAAAUGCAAAGGACAAAACAUAAAAACUCUAUUGUCGACACAGAUUAAUGCCAAAGCCAAGAAUCACGUGAUCAAUGAGCAACUUGUAAGCAUUGGAUCUGAAUUAGGAAAGUUUAUGUUGGCUCCUGGACCCACAAAUGACCCGGCGCCCACACACGCCGUGUACGCCACUGUACAGGCAAUUCCAGCAGCCGGUGCGGUGGCUCCGACGAUGACGGUGGUAGCGGCCACACCACAGGCGGCGCACCCGCCCAACGCUAUU